GUCAAUCUCGCGCCAUGUCCUCUUAAGCUCUACGCCAGCCAGGAAUUCCCACUAACACUGCUGCCGACAAGUUUUUGGGGCCGAUCGAGCUGGUGCCAUGCAAGUUCCGAGGUUCUUAUAACGUGAGGGACAUUGCUUUUACUGGACUGGGUUUGCCUUUCCCCGAAUUCCUCCAGCCGAUCGCCUGGCCUGUCUUUCGUUUUUUCGCUUUUCCUCGAGGUAAGGAAUGCCAUUGGAUUGUCAUCACGCAUUCAACCCGUCAGCCCAACUCUAUUCACACCAUUUCUCUUUCCCUGUACCCCACGGCUCUCUUUCGAAUCCAGCCACCAUUGCUGUGCGAUAGAUCUCAAUUGCGGACGACCUCGUAUAACCUAUAAUCUUCUGCCGUACCACCAUGCGCCCAUGCUGAUUAUCCGCGACCUGAAGACAAGCAGAACCACCUGGCAGUCCAGACGCCUCCACUCGACCUCGACCUAUUCCAGGCCCUAUAGUCGCAUCCCGCCCGGCGUCGUCGUCAUGAAGUUCGGGGAGCAGCUGCGCUCCAGCGCCAUAAAGGAGUAUCAGUGGUACUAUAUCGACUACGAGGGGCUCAAGGCCGACCUUAAGAAGUCCAGCGGCCCUGUGGUCGAACAAGAUGCCCAGGGCGACGCCGCGAAGGGGGCCAGGAAGGGCAAGGGAAAGGCCAAGCGCCAGUGGACCGAGGAUGACGAGAGUCGCUUCGUAUACCGGCUCGAGGGCGAGCUGCAGAAGGUAUACCAGAAGCAACAGCUCAAGACCAUCGAGAUCCAGCGUCGCAUCCAGGCCAGCGAGCGCGAUGUCAACGACAUUGUCUCGAGGCUGAACGAGCGCCGCGCCGGCGAGGACGGCCCGUCCGAGGAGGAGUUCAUGGUGCUUGAAGAGGAUCUGAGCGACAUUAUCGCCGAUGUUAAUGACUUGGCCAAGUUCAUCCAGUUGAAUUACACCGGGUUCUACAAGAUUAUGAAGAAGCACGACAAGAUCACCGGCUGGCACAUUCGGCCCGUGUUCGAGGCCCGCAUGAAGGCGAAGCCCUUUUACAAGGACAACCACGACGAGCUGUUGGUCGAUCUGUCCAAGCUCUACGACAUUGUCCGCACCAGAGGUAACCCCAUCAAGGGUGACAGCGCCGCGGGUGGAAGCCAGGCAAAUUUUGUUCGUAACACGACAAAGUACUGGGUACACCCGGACAAUGUUACCGAGGUGAAGCUCAUUAUCCUCAAGCACUUGCCGGUGCUCGUCUUCAACGCCAACAAGGAAUUCCACCCGGACGAUUCCGCCAUCACCUCCAUCUACUACGACAACCCUGAUACCUGGGAGCUGUACGAGGGCCGUCUGAAGAAGACAGAAGGAGCCGAGGCCAUCCGUCUGCGGUGGUACGGCGGCAUGAGCACCGAUAAGAUAUACGUCGAGAGGAAGACUCACCGCGAGGAUUGGACCGGCGAAAAGUCUGUCAAGGCUCGUUUCGAGGUGCGCGAGAAGCAGGUCAACCCGUACAUGAAGGGCGAGAUGCUCCCGGCCGCUGUGAUGGAGAAGCAACGCAAGUCGGGCAAGAAGCCGCAAUCUGCCUACGACGAGGACGAGAAGCUGGCGCAGGAGGUGCAAUGGGAGGUUCUGAAGAAAGGCUAUGUGCCGGUAUGCCGGAGUUUCUACCACCGAACUGCCUUUCAACUGCCGGCUGACGCCAGAGUCCGUAUCUCACUUGACUCGGACCUAACAUUGAUCCGCGAAGAUAACUUGAAUGGUCGGAAGAGGAGUGGCGACAACUGGCGCCGGAUGGAUAUUGGCGUGGACUACCCCUUCUCCCAGCUGCCACCCGAAGACAUCUGCCGGUUUCCUUAUGCGGUGCUGGAGGUUAAGCUUCAGACACAGGCUGGUCAGCAGGCUCCGGAAUGGGUGCGCCAACUUGUGGCCAGUCACCUUGUGGAGGCUGUACCCAAGUUCUCCAAGUUCAUUCACGGUUGUGCUACCUUGUUCCCCGAUCGGAUCAAGUUGCUCCCGUUCUGGACGCCCCAGAUGGAUGUCGAUAUCCGCAAGCCCGCUACACACAAUUUCGGUAUCCAGCGGGUUGGUCACUCCGGUACUACGGGCACUUCGGAGGACGAAGACGACGACUUCGACUCGGACGACGAGGAGGCGAGAAGCGCGCCGCGCGGCCAGGAAAAUGUUAACAAUGGUGGCACAACCAACGGGGCAUCAUCAGAGACGGGCGCGCACGGGGCUGCGGUAGCACACAGGUUGCGCCAGGCACAAGCCGAUGGCUCUACGGAUAUAGAAGAUCAGACGCGACUUCUACCCGCGAAUGACGACGCUUAUGAGCUCUACGAAUCGGACGAGGAGGAGGAGGAGCAAGAGAGGCUGGAAGAAGCGAGAAGAGUUGGUGGCCUUACAUACGCCUCCACGCUGGUUCAGAGCAAGGCCAAGGCUGCUGGUCGUGGUCUGUCCAAGCUAGGUGGCGUUGUGAACAGCUUAAGGUCUGGGAGUGAGAUCCCGGUGCAUGAAAGGACGAUCGCGCUGUACGGGACAACCCAGGUGCAGAACAAGAAGUUCGUGGCACCGCCCGGCAAGAAGAUCUACGUCCCUGUGAGGGUGGAGCCCAAGGUGUACUUUGCGGCUGAGAGGACCUUCCUCAACUGGCUCGAGUUCUCCAUCUACAUUGGCACCAUCGCCACGACUCUUCUCAACUUCGGCGACAAGCCGAGUAAGAUCUCGUUUAUUGUCUCGGGGAUGUUCACCCUUGUGGCCAUCGCGGCUCUACUGUACUCGGUUGCGACGUACAUCUACCGCAGCCGUUCGAUUCGUGCCCGUAAGGCGGCCAAGUUUUACGACUGGUGGGGACCUACUCUUUUGUGCUCGGCACUGGUGCUGGCUGUCAUUGCGAAUUUCGCCUUUGAGGGAUAUGAGCGGCAUUGGUGGUAAACUCUGCAUUUAUCUGGCGUGGCUCACGUGUUUAUUCUUGUCGCAAUACUGCAUUUUCCUGGAUCGGGGUCUCCUGAUGGGUGCUUUUUAACUGGACUGGGCGGAAAAUAGUGUUGUUGCCAGCAGUCUUAUCUAUUAUAAGGUCAGGUAAAGUAAAUAGUAUGUCCAAACAAAAACCCGAGUGCACUCGCCCUCAUCAUAUACCAAUCUUCAAUAUCUCCUCGACCGCCUGAUCCACACCCUUUGCGAUGACAGUGGGCCUCGCCCGCCGCUUCCGCACGUCAUCCCCGACCCCGAAGAUGGCCUCCCCGAGCCGGUCGACCCACCCGGUGCCAGCCCGGUCGACCCACGCGCUCCUCAGCCCGACGCUCCGCGCCCCGGCGACGUCGAACGGGUUCGCACUAACAAGCCACACCACGGCAUCGUUGUCCUCGUCCGCCUCCGCCUGCAGGUGGCUGUACGCCUGGGCCGUGGGCUUGUACGUGCGCACCUCGUCGACGGAGACGAGCUUCCUGAACAGCCCGUCGCCGCCGCCCCCGCUCACAAACGGCCUCAGGUCCGGCGACGACCACACCGAGGUGCUCAGCAUCCUCUCGGUGCCGUUGCUGAACACGACGGCCUCGACGGCCGGCCGGCCGCCCUGCUGGUGCUUCUGGUGCUUCUGGAUGGCCCUCAGCCCGGCGGGCACGUCCGGGAACACGGCCAGCGCGUCGUAGGCGGCCAUGAGGCGCUCCGCCGCCUCGUCCGGGACGUCGACCCCGUCCAGGACCUCGGCGGCCGCGUGGCGCAGCGCGGCCCGCGUGAUCUUGUCGAAGGGCUUGUAGGUGCCCAUGGCGGUGACGCGCCACGUGUACUCGAGCUGGUACUGGCGCCACUUGGCCGCCACGGCCUGGGCCUUGGACUUGUUGGUGUUGAGGUGGGUCGCCAGGUCCUUUGUGAUGGAGUCGGUGGAGAGGAUCGUGCCGUAGAGGUCGAAGGCUAUUACUAUCUUGGACUUUUUUGAGGGCAUUUUGUCUAGCUGUUGCUGGGACUACAGGUCCGAGGUGGUCGAUUGUUUACUUGACAGGUUUGUUGCCCUUUUGUCG